AUGUAUAACUAUAAGCUUUUUCGUAAGUCUAAAUUAAGUCAAAUUAAUAAUUUUGUUGUAGAUCUUGGUUCACCUUCUAAUAUCUCUUACUUUUGAAAUUUUGGGUCUUUGUUGGGUCUUUCUAUGUUAAUUCAGUUUGUGACAGGAUUAUUUUUAACCUUUCAUUAUGCAGCUAAUGUAAGGGUUGCUUUUGAUAGAGUAAUCCAUAUUAUACGGGAUGUUAAUAGUGGGUGAUUUAUUCGUUAUAGUCACAUCAAUGGAGCUUCUUUUUUUUUUAUUUUUGUGUAUAUUCAUAUUGGACGUGGAAUUUUUUACUUUUCUUUUAAGAAGUCAAUAGUUUGAUUAAGAGGAAUUUUUAUUUUAUUAUUUUUAAUAAUGGUUGCUUUUAUAGGGUACAUUUUACCUUGGGGUCAGAUAUCUUUUUGGGGAGCUACAGUUAUCACUAACUUAAUUUCAUCUAUUCCUAGAUUGGGGGAAACUAUUGUCUAUUGAAUCUGGGGUGGGUUUUCUGUUAGAAAUUCCACCCUUAAUCGGUUUUUUUCAUUUCAUUUUGUUUUUCCAUUUUUAAUUAUAUUUUUAAUUUUAAUACAUUUGAUUUUUCUUCACACCCAUGGAUCUAAUAAUCCUCUAGGCGUAGUCGGAUCUUAUGAUAAAAUCUGGUUUUAUCCUUACUUUGUAGUUAAGGAUUGUCUUGGAUUUUUUUUUUUUUUAAUUCUAUACCUAUUUUUGAUUUGUUUUUUUCCCUUAAUUUUAGUUGAUUCAGAAAAUUUUAUUAUAGCUAACUCACUUGUUACCCCUCUCCACAUUCAACCUGAGUGAUAUUAUUUAUUUUCUUAUGCGAUUCUGCGGUCUAUCCCCAACAAGCUGGGUGGGGUUGUGGCUUUAUUUAUAUCAAUUCUUAUACUUUCAGUGUUUAUGAUCUGUAAAAGAAAAUUCAAUAGAUUAACUUACUAUCCAAUUAUUGAUCUUGUUUACUAUCUUUUUGUGGUUUCAGUCAUUCUACUUAUGUGGAUUGGUGCUAAUCAAGUUGAAUAUCCUUUUUAUUUUCUAGGUCAGGCAUUGUCUCUCUUUUUUUUUUUUUUUUUUUAUAUUUAUAUUUAUAUAGUAAGUUUUUGAGAUUUAUUACUUGAUUAA